GCUGGCAACAGCAGCGACUCAAUUCUGCGAUGGCGGCCGGCGGCGCGUCGUCAGCUCCUUCCGAAGAUGUGGACCUACUUUAUCCAGAGCUUAUGUCGGUGAAGGCCAUCGUCAAAAUUUUGAAAGAACGCUAUGUGAAGCACCCGCGGCUCGAGGAACUCGACAAGGCGGAUCUGGUGCAGUUGUACGAGAAGACAGUGCUGCCAUUGCCGCAGCGGGAGUACCGCGACACACGGUCGGGGCGAGCCCUGUCAGCCCUGCGGGAGCAGGCCAACAGCCGCUGCAAGCGGAAGGCCUCCCAGGAGUCUUCUUCUGACUCAACGUCCACAAAGCACCGCAAAGGCAGCCAUGGUCAAGCACAUGACGACGACAAGGCACGGCGGCGGCCAAGCAAACCUCUCGCAAAGCAGGACAGGAAAUCAGAUGCCGCAGCGAGUGGGGGCGGCGAGUGGGGCUCCUGGGAUGAAGAAGCCAAGUCGAAACCGAGCAAGACGAGUGUCACAAAUAGGUGCCACGGAGAGGGCGACGGACCUCCGAGGAAAAAGCACCGGACUCCAAUCACAUGGCCAUAACUGGUGCAGAAGGGUUUGAGCAAGCUGCCACCAAACUCAAACUUGAUGCAUGUCUGCAAAGGUGGCGAAAAUGGUGCCGAGGCUCAACACAUUUACACUCGCUAUCAUCUUUGUCAUUUUCGUCAUCAUGUGCAUUUUGUUGUGUGCAACACAGGGGGGCACCAUUUCACUGAAUGCACAUCUGUAAAAUGUUAAGCAAAUAUGAGGGACGGGCUUUCUCAGCUAAACCACUGAAAUUUUGAGCUGAAGUGGCCUUUUACAGUGUGCUUAAUUCAAAAUGUUUGCCUAUGGCAGUUUCAUAUUUCGUUAAGAUUAUGUCUCAACUGCACAUUUUCUGCAGUGGCGCCAGGUGACAAGAGCAGAUUUUCUCUGCAGUGGAACAGUGGCACCAUCUGUCACAGUUAUGGUGAAACAAGGCAUACUGUGUUUUGCCAUAACAAAGGCAGAUGGCACCAGUACUCUUUUCAGUGACAAACUGCUUUCUUAUGACCACGUUGCUGCAGACAAGGUGUAGUUGUAAUUUAUUCUAGACAAUGCAGGCACUACAAUAUGUACCGUAAAAUGCCACCUCCGUGAAAAAUUUCUGCCCAAACAACUCGGUAAUUGAGCCAGGAGAGCCAAGCAUACUUAGCUCUCUUAUUUGCACAAUGUAUUGCAGACCGUGGUUGAAGUGGGCUGACAAUAAAAGAUUUUGCACACCCAGCUGCAAUUGGUAAUUGUCUUUUGCUCAUUCUCAAUUCACACAAAUGCUGCUGUAUAUUGUAGCACUUAUGCAGCAAGUUCAGAGUUCCACAGUGAUAACAGUUGAGGGUACCUUAACCCCUUCAGGCACCAAAUUAAAUCUUCCGAAGGGAGAAGAUGUGCCAAUCACCAUUUUGGGCUCUCCACAUUUCAAAAGAAUGGUUUUCAAAAGACAGAAUUAAUUUUUAACUGUUUUUCGUGAUAUCCAAAUCCAUAAACAGUGCACCUGAAGCCAUAAAAAAAAAAAACAUUGCUCGCAACUAACAAAACCUUCUUAGGUGUUCUAUGUCGGCUAUGUGGCACAAGUUAUUUUUCACUCUUUCUUCAUUUGAUAAGUAACACAAACACAUUACCCUGUACCAUAUGCAAGAUGAGUAAAAAUGGACAUCUUGAGCUGACAAGCAUGAGAAAAUGAAAAACAUUCAGCAGCAGAUCAAGAACUUGCGGCAAUCUGGUGUGCCACCGUGCUCCGGCUAGUGACUGUAGCUGUUGUACCUGUCGGACCCUGUCAUUAGCAACUGCGUGUUUGCCUUUAGUAGUGGCACUGGCUUUCAUUGCUUGACUGGCCACGUUUUCGUGCUGCUGUUUUGCUCCAGAUGACCAAGCUAUGUGCAGUAUCUGUUUCUCCAGAGUGUUCUUUGGGGGUCGGGGCAGUGGGGGCUUCUCUGGCAUUUGCACCUCUGAGGUAUUCUCACCAGCUGUAGAGCUGUUGCACUGUGCUUAAUGUUCAAAGUGAAAAAUUACCCUUGCACUUCGUUCCCUUGUUCCAUCCCAUACGAAGUGGAGUGAAAUUAAGUCAAGUUUGUCCACUCAUCCCCUGAAGGAAUUAUACUGCAAAAUGAUUUUCUCAUGCACUGAUCCUCCUUGAGCUGCACUCGCUAAAUCUUUCGCCACCUGCAUCAUUGCAUUCUUCUUUGGUGACGCUUCUGCCAGCUGCUUCCCCCUGCAUUUCCUGUGAGAGAAAAGUCUCUCUAACAGUCGGGUCUGCAGCGCUUAUAGCGGCAUUUUCCAUGAAACCAUUUGUAAAAUCAUUCUAAACCUUGAACAUUUCAGUGAGGUAUGCUUUCUUUGUGCUGUUUAGUGUACUUAACAACAAAAAGAUCUGCAGAUUUUUCUGCAUUUUUCUGAUAAGUGUGCCAAACAGGGCAAAGGUAAGGUACUUUAAAAAAAUUUCUAAGGUUUAAAAAAUUGAUGCCAAUAGUUCUGACGCAGAAAAAGUUUGCAUCAGAAACGUCGAAAUAUUUAAUUCUUGCAAACAUCUCUUCUGUAGUAUUGUCGUCAAGCUUUCUUCUUUCAGACCCACGAUUCGAAAUGCCUGGAAAAAUUAGAUGUUUUGAUCAGGGCAGGUAGAAAGACAAUUCAUCUUGACAAGUGCUUUAACGAAGGCAGCUUUGAGGCGUCAUGUCCACCAACAUACUAGAUGCAAACUUUCAGUGCUGCAUGCAACACUGUUACACUUGUGACAUGCAGUCUGUCAAGCAGAAACAUUUUUCGUGGUGGUUAUCACAUUGCUGUAGUGAAAACGGUUAAUUUAUAGUUCAACUUCAGAGAAAGAAAUAUUCAAACUGGCUUGAACCACCUUGCAUUCAUUUGUAUAACUGAAUAAUAGCUUUAGAAAAGCAGUAUAAAUUUAUUUUGUGCAAGAACUCAACAGUCCUUCUGAGCUGCAUGGAAAGAGAAGAAAAAGGUGUUCUUCAUGCCACAAGUAGUUACAAAAAGAACUUUGAAAAGCUAACAAAAGUUACAAAAAAAGAUUUUGGUAAUCCACAGAGUUGCAUAGGUAAUCCAGCAGGGGUUAGGAAGCUGUUCGCUUAGUUGAUCAGGUUUGAUAGUUUCUGCAUAAUUCUAAAGCGAACCUUUCUUUGCCUGCCCUCCCGAGUUUAGUGUGGCUUUCGUAUGUCCUAGCCAAAUUCCCAUCUUUCACAUGUAUUGUGAAUGUCUCUACAGCGAAGGCCCCCUGCAAAGAAUUUGCCUGUACGACGAAGGAAUAUAGGCGACCCUGAGGGCUGACAACGAACGCACAUAGCGCCGCCACCACUUCCCUCCGUAGCGGCCACAGAGCGGUGGUGCUAGGCAGCCUUCAUACAAAGGAUCUCUAGUAAACGGCACUUUGCGGAAGGGUUGGGACAGUGCAUUAGCUAUGCCACGCCUCCUCCCUUUUCUGCCUGCCCUAUUUUCAUCAUAGGUGAUGGUCUGCUCAGAACUGAUGGCAUGACGGCAUUGUCAAGGCCAUCAAGGAUGGGGUAGAGGCAAAAGUCAACGAAGGCAGCAGUGUUAAAGGAGCUGCAUAAUAACCAAGAAUUUCGACGAACCUGUACAUCGCAACACUUCCGGAUUCCGCCGCUGAGCGCGCCACCAACCUUGUUGCCAUAGCGUCGGCUGCUGUUGCAUAUUCUGUCAAACUAAGUGUGCAGAAGAACAUUAGCAGCUUAAUUCACUAAGUAUUUCUUGAAUUUAUUCAGUGAAAAUGUUACCGUGACACUUGUGUACUGUGCUUUGGCUGACAUAUUCUUAUUGUUUAGCCCUUUGCCUCGUGUCACUGUUAGGAGUGAAAUAAAAUUUGUGUUUGCCGAUUUUCGCUUAAACCCUGGAAGCUAUUCGCAGAAGCACGGUUCAUGGGGAAAAGAAACACACUGAACUGCUUUACAGGUAGUCAAACCUCGAUUUAACAAACAUGGAUGUAACAAAUUACUGGAUAUGAGUGAUGAAACGUCUAUCAAAAACAAAAUGAAAAGCAAUAACAAAUUUAAAGAACUAGAAAAUAGAUUUACACAUGGUCUCGGGGCCUAGGCAUUAAAUAAAUUCGUAACGCUCAUUCCAUAUGAAACCAAAGAGGCUUGAGUAGAAUGGCUUGCUAUGUGCACAAUUCUUUAUAGACCUUCUUGUCUACAGCUCGAAGAGAGAGAGUCCAUGGAGAGCCCGCUGCCUCUGAGCAGCUGAUGGUUGGCUAUCCCACAAAAUAUGCUUAAAGGGCCCCUGAGACAGUCAGACAAAUUUUGUAGAUGCGUAGGUUACAGCUACAGUUAAUCAUUCGUACCACACCUUAUGUGAAGCGUCUCGUAUUAAGAGAGCUACGGAUGAUUACAAGUUACCCUCCUCCAUAGCCAUGCAUUUUCUCUUCAACUCGUUUGCAAACUGAUUGGGGCUAAGCUCCGCCUUCAUUGGCUCUGCGUCAUGAUGGCAUGUCAUGUCGUCUACUUCCAGUUGUCUAGGAGUAAGUGCGCGAAGCCUCUCCACCCUCUCCGUCAGCAGCUUGGCGGUCGACCCCAAGUGAGAGCUAUCGAUGCAGCAAGCAGCGAAGCGUUGCGAACAUUCUGUGGCAGCGCCGAGUGUGUCCGGUAUUCCGAUAACCAGAGACGAGAUGGGCGUUUCGACGGAUGGGUGGAGCCGAAAACUCAUGAUGAUGAAAGAGCUUUAGCGCAGAUGAAUGUGAGCGGCCUGUUCGGUCUGCAUGAUUCAGCCGCUUGGUGGCGCAGAGCUUACCAAGCGUAAAACAUUUUAAACAUUUACAAAAACAAUGCGUUCACAGUUACGCUCCUGAGAAAAAUUUACACGAGCAGCAUAAAAGUAGAAUAGACUUCGUUACAGCUACUGUGUUUGGUUGAGCUCUUGCCACCAGGUGGCUGCACCGUGCAGACCAUUCACGUUUGCGCCUCUGCUCAUCUCGUAAAGCGGCACGGUCAAGUGGCCAGGCCCAGUCCCCAUGCACUUGUGUUUACCCGAAUACCAGACUCGCGAAACAAUAUUGUAGUAAUAAUCCUCCAGCGUAAUGUGACGGCCACAAAUGCGCAAAUCCUGGCACUGAUCGGAUAGCAACAGUCCGAUGUGCUGCAGCCACUCCACUCGUCUGCUGCCUUGCAGAGGGUCGUGAUGUUACAGCUUGACAUAUUGCCAUUUGCUAUGUUUGCUGCAACUUGUUACGUUUACACGCACAACAUAACAAGGGCGAACCAUGCUGCUUGCGAAAAGAUCAAGAUCAACGCUGAUCGCGGAGCUCUCAUCAACACGGAGCAUGUUGUAACACAAGCAGACGGUGCUUGCUUUGUGCCGGAAGUGCUUGAGGGUAGUGAGAAAUUGUCCUUGUGCAUUGUCUUUCUGCUACUUUCUAUAGAAACAAAUUUACGAACAUUCCAACUAUUACGAACAAUAUUUUUUCACCGUAAAGUUGAAAAAAUCGAUGACGCGCCCUGGGCAGCCAGUCUGAUAGCUCGCCCUACUAACGUCAUUAAGGCAAUUUAUGUCAAAUGGUUCAACCAUUUGACGUCAAAAUUCAGCCGAGCGGUGUGCUGCGAUUGGCAGCAAUGUACAUAUUUAAAACCUUAUAAUAAAUUAGAUGCUUUACGUGGAGCACUUAGAUGCAUCACUUAAUGAUCAGAAGGACCUACAACAAUUCAGUAUGUCUGUACAAAAUCGUCAAAAUCGUUUUAGGGUCCCUCUAAAAUGGGAAGCAGCUUGGAGGCCAUAUAUGGGGCACUUCAGCCAAAUUAUUGGAUGUGACAAGGUAAAAAAAACGCCGAUAUAUUGGCAAGAAAGUUGUUAUAUUUAAUUACUGGAUAUAUAAUGAAGUAAAUAUAAAAUCUUUCAUUGCAACGUCAGCAUGCAAUGAAUAUAGGCAUGUAAUGAAUAUAGAAUAUAACGAAGAUAUUUUGGUGUCGGAUGUGACUUCGUUAUGACAAUGUGUAGUUCACUAUCUCGCAAACAUUCAUGCUCCUUGUUUCUUGACUUUGCAUGUUUGUGCACGCAAUCUGUAUGGCUUACAGUGAGGGUGUCUGAUAGACUAUUCCGUUUAUCUUUCUUUUUCAUCGUAAUUUCCUUAUUCUGUUAUACUGUGAAAGUAUAUAUUGCGUGGUGGUUCUGACGAAUAAACCUUGUUGUGAGUAA